GGCGCGUGCGGGACGCAGUUACCGUGGCAACUGGGCGGCGCCUGAGCGCGCGGGAAGGAGGCUUAAACAGACUGAUGUGGCCCUGCAUGGACCCGGAGGCUUGAGUGACCGACCGACCCACGUCGGACUUGCAGCCCUAGAAGCCACGACCCCCCGCCCGGGGUCCCCGAGGCCAUGGGUCGGAUCUCCGGGCUCGUGCCCUCCCGGUUCCUGACGCUCCUGGCCCAUCUGGUGGUUGUCAUCACUUUGUUCUGGUCCCGGGAAAGCAACAUCCAGGCUUGCCUGCCUCUCAGGUUCACCCCCGAGGACUAUACGCAGCAGGACGUCCAACUGGUGGCAGCGCUCAGUCUCACUCUGGGCCUCUUUGCAGUGGAGCUGGCCGGCUUCCUGUCAGGAGUUUCCAUGUUCAAUAGCACCCAGAGCCUUCUGUCCAUUGCAGCCCACUGUAGCGCAUCUGUGGCUCUGUCUUUCUUCAUAUUCGAGCAGUGGGAGUGUACCACGUACUGGUACAUUUUUGCCUUCUGCAGUGCCUUCCCGGCUGUUACUGAAACUGCAUUAUUCAUCGCUGUCUUUGGGCUGAAAAAGAAACCUUUCUGAUCACGGCCGGGAUGUAGGGACCAGGGCUGG